AGGGCGGCGCGGAUCAACCGGGAGCGCGGUUGUUCGUCUGAACGGUCUCGCGUGUCAGGGUCAAGGGCUGGCCCCUCCGAGGAGUCCGAGAUGCCAGCUAACGUGGAGAUCAAGGCACGUGUGCGGAAUCUGGCACAGCUAGUGAGUCAUGCAGAGCGGCUGAGCGGAUCACCAGGCCACGCCAUUGUUCAGACAGAUACCUUCUUUUCUGUGCCCUGUGGACGGCUGAAGUUGCGGGACUUCCGGGAUGGCCGAGGGCAGCUGAUAUUUUAUGACCGCCCUGACACGGAAGGCCCCAAGCUCUCCCAUUAUGCCAUCUCGUCCACAGAAGACCCUGCAGGCCUGGCGGUGGUGCUCUCCCAGGCCCUCGGAGUGAAGGGGGUGGUGAAGAAGGAGCGUCGCCUCUACAUAGUGGGCCAGACUCGUGUCCACGUGGAUCGAGUAGAAGGGCUGGGUGACUUCAUGGAGCUGGAGCAGACCUAUGACAGCUGGGUUUAUCAGGGUCAUAUGGCGUGGCCAGGCGGUGGGCUCUUUGUCCGGGGGCCCUUGCGGCUCUCAGCAGCCCUGGCCAGGGAUGAGAUCAGAGAACCGUCCCUUCUUCCGUACCUGCAGGUGGUAUUGGAGGACCAGCAGAGCCCCCGGGAUGGCGAGCGAGUGGCACAGCAGCUGAUGGCGGAGCUGGGUGUGGGCAAGGAGGAUCUGCUCUCUGGGGCCUACCUGGACCUGCUGGCAGGAGGGGCGCCUCGUCCGUGA